CGCCCCCUGAAGGAAAUGUCUGACACUCAUCACAGCAGCCCUCUCCUGACAGAGCCUCUUUCCAGCAGAUACAAACUGUAUGAGUCAGAGUUUACCAGCCCUAGCUGGCCCUCAAGCCCCCAGGAUACACACCCAGCCCUGCCCCUCCUGGAAAUGCCUGAAGAAAAGGAUCUCCGGUCAUCCAAUGAAGACAGCCAUAUUGUGAAAAUGGAAAAACUCAAUGAAAGGAGUAAAAGGAGAGAAAGCGGGGCAGCUCAUCGGGGCUCUGCAGGCUUGGGGGGCAUCAGCCUCUUCCAAGCAGUGGGCUACCUCACAGGGGACAUGAAGGAGUGCAGGAGCUGGCUGAAAGAUAAGCCACUGGCCCUCCAGGUUACAGACUGGGUCCUGAGGGGCACUGCUCAGGUAAUGUUUGUCAACAACCCUCUCAGCGGACUCAUCAUCUUCAUAGGGCUUCUGAUCCAGAAUCCCUGGUGGACGAUUGCUGGGGUGUUGGGGGCAGUGGUCUCAACCUUAACUGCCCUCGCCUUGAACCAGGACAGGUCUGCCAUCGCCUCAGGCCUCCACGGGUACAACGGAAUGCUGGUCGGACUACUGAUCGCUGUGUUCUCUGAGAAGUUAGACUAUUACUGGUGGCUUCUGUUUCCUGUGACCUUCACAGCCAUGACCUGCCCAGUUCUUUCCAGUGCCUUGAAUUCCAUCUUCAGCAAGUGGGACCUUCCUGUCUUCACGCUGCCCUUCAACAUUGCUAUGACCCUGUACCUGGCAGCCACCGGCCACUACAACCUCUUCUUCCCCACAACACUGGUGGAGCCUGUGUCUUCAGUGCCCAACAUCACCUGGACAGAGAUGGAGAUGCCCUUGCUGCUACAAGCCAUCCCCAUCGGGGUUGGCCAGGUGUAUGGCUGUGACAAUCCCUGGACAGGCGGCGUGUUCCUGGUGGCUCUGUUCAUCUCCUCGCCACUCAUCUGCCUGCAUGCAGCCAUUGGCUCAAUUGUGGGGAUGCUAGCAGCCCUGACGGUGGCCACGCCCUUCGAGACCAUCUACAUGGGCCUCUGGAGCUACAACUGUGUCCUCUCCUGCAUCGCCAUAGGGGGCAUGUUCUACGCCCUCACCUGGCAGACGCACCUGCUGGCCCUCGUCUGUGCCCUGUUCUGUGCAUACAUGGGAGCAGCCCUGUCCAACAUAAUGUCGGUGAUUGGUGUGCCGUCAGGCACCUGGGCCUUCUGCCUCUCCACCCUCAUCUUCCUGCUCCUGACAACCAACAACCCUGCCAUCUAUAAGCUCCCACUCAGCAAAGUCACCUACCCAGAGGCCAACCGCAUCUACUACCUGACAGUGAAGAACAUUGAAGAAGAGAAGUCCCCCAGCGGUGUUGGUGGGGAGCAGCCAGCCACAACCAGCCCAAGGGCCGAUGAGGGCCCAGAAGCCGUGCCCCCCAAGCCCAGGAGCGUGUUCCACAUCGAGUGGUCAUCCAUUCGGAGAAGGAGCAAAGUGUUUGGAAAAGGCGAACACCAGGAGAGGCAAACCAAAGACCCUUUUCCCUAUCAGUACCGGAAGCCCACGGUUGAAUUGCUGGAUCUAGACACCAUGGAGGAGAACACUGAGAUAAAGGUGGAAGCGAACGUUUCCAAGACUUCCUGGAUUCAGAGUCACAUGGCCGCCAGUGGGAAGAGGGUCAGCAGAGCCCUCAGCUACAUCACAGGGGAGAUGAAGGAGUGUGGUGAGGGUCUUAAAGACAAAUCCCCAGUGUUCCAGUUCCUUGACUGGGUCCUCCGGGGCACGUCACAGGUGAUGUUUGUGAACAACCCCCUCAGUGGCAUCCUCAUCGUCCUUGGCCUCUUCGUCCAGAACCCCUGGUGGGCCAUCUCCGGCUGCUUGGGAACUGUUGUGUCCACUUUGACAGCUCUCAUCCUGAGCCAGGACAGGUCCGCCAUCGCAGCAGGACUUCACGGCUACAACGGGGUGCUGGUGGGGCUGCUGAUGGCUGUGUUCUCAGACAAGGGCAAUUACUACUGGUGGCUUCUGUUCCCUGUCAUCAUUAUGUCCAUGUCUUGCCCCAUCCUCUCCAGUGCCCUGGGCACCAUCUUCAGCAAAUGGGACCUCCCCGUCUUCACGCUGCCCUUCAACAUCGCUGUGACCCUGUACCUGGCAGCCACCGGCCACUACAACCUCUUCUUCCCCACGAUGCUGCUGCAGCCUCCAUCCUCCGUGCCCAACAUCACCUGGUCAGAGGUCCAAGUGCCCUUGCUCUUGAGAGCCAUCCCUGUUGGAGUCGGCCAGGUGUAUGGCUGUGACAACCCCUGGACUGGAGGCAUUUUCCUCAUAGCUCUGUUCAUAUCUUCACCUCUCAUUUGCCUACACGCUGCGAUCGGCUCCACCAUGGGGAUGUUGGCAGCCCUCACUAUUGCAACGCCCUUGGACUCCAUCUACUUCGGCCUGUGUGGCUUCAACAGCACGCUGGCCUGCAUUGCCAUCGGAGGCAUGUUCUACGUCAUCACCUGGCAGACCCACUUCCUGGCCAUCGCCUGUGCACUGUUUGCGGCCUACCUGGGUGCUGCGCUGGCUAACGUGCUGUCCGUGUUUGGACUGCCACCAUGCACCUGGCCCUUUUGCCUCUCAGCACUCACCUUCCUGCUCCUGACGACCAACAACCCUGCCAUCUACAAGCUUCCACUCAGCAAAGUUACCUACCCAGAGGCCAAUCGCAUCUACUACCUAUCCCAGGAGAAAAACAGAAGAGCAUCAACCAUAACAAAGUACCAGGCCUAUGAUGUCUCCUAG